GGCUGUUUCCAGCGAGAUGCCCAGGCUCCCAGGUCUCAAUGAAUGCACUCGCGGAAGUGCCACCUCUUGUGAAGAAUGCCUGCUAAUCCACCCCAAAUGUGCCUGGUGCUCCAAAGAGAACUUCGGCAGCCUACGGUCGGUCACCUCCCGGUGUGACUUGAAGGCAAACCUGGUCAGAAACGGCUGCGGAGGGGAGUUUGAGAGCCCGGCCAGCGUCACCCAGGUUCUGCGGAGCCUGCCUCUCAGCAGCAAGGGCUCCAGCUACGCGGGCUCAGAUGUCAUUCAGAUGACGCCACAGGAGAUCGCCGUGAACCUGCGGCCUGGCGACAAGACUACCUUCCAGCUGCAGGUGCGGCAGGUGGAGGACUAUCCCGUGGACUUGUACUACCUGAUGGACCUCUCCCUGUCCAUGAAGGACGACUUGGACAACAUCCGGAACCUGGGCACCAAGCUCGCCGAGGAGAUGAGGAAGCUCACCAGCAACUUCCGACUGGGGUUCGGGUCUUUUGUAGACAAAAGCAUCUCUCCUUUCUCCUACACAGCGCCGAGGUACCAGACCAACCCAUGCAUCGGUUACAAGCUGUUCCCAAACUGCGUCCCUUCCUUUGGGUUCCGCCACCUGCUGCCUCUCACAGACAGAGUGGACAGCUUCAACGAGGAAGUUCGGAAACAGAGGGUGUCCCGGAACCGCGAUGCCCCCGAGGGCGGCUUCGAUGCCGUGCUCCAGGCGGCUGUCUGCAAGGAGAAGAUCGGCUGGCGAAAGGACGCCUUGCACCUGCUGGUCUUCACAACGGACGAUGUGCCCCACAUCGCACUGGACGGAAAACUGGGGGGCCUGGUGCAGCCACACGAUGGCCAGUGCCACCUGAACGAGGCCAACGAGUACACUGCAUCCAACCAGAUGGACUACCCAUCCCUCGCCUUGCUGGGAGAGAAGUUGGCGGAGAACAACAUCAACCUCAUCUUUGCGGUGACGAAAAACCAUUAUGGGCUCUACAAGAAUUUUACAGCCUUGAUACCCGGAACAACGGUGGAGAUUUUACACGGAGACUCUAAAAAUAUCAUUCAACUGAUCAUCAAUGCGUACAGUAGCAUCCGGUCUAAGGUGGAGCUGUCAGUCUGGGAUCAGCCUGAAGACCUUAACCUCUUCUUCACUGCCACCUGCCAGGAUGGCGUGUCCUACCCUGACCAGAGGAAGUGUGAGGGCCUGAAGAUCGGGGACACGGCAUCUUUCCCACCAUCUGCCAGCUCGCACCACUGUUCAGGGAGAAGCACUUCAGAUGGCAUUUGGUCAGGGUGUGCCAGAUCCCUGUCUGGAUUUCCACAGUGCCGCUGCAGCGCGGGGCAGGAGCCGGACAGCCCCCGAUGCAGCGGGAACGGGACCUACGUCUGCGGUCUGUGUGAGUGCAACCCCAGCUACCUGGGCAGCAAGUGCGAGUGCCAGGAAGGGGAGAACCCGAGCGGGCACCAGAACCUGUGCCGCGAGGCGGAGGGCAAGCCGCUGUGCAGCGGGCGCGGGCAGUGCAGCUGCAGCCAGUGCUCCUGCUUCGAGAGCGAGUUCGGGAAGAUCUACGGGCCUUUCUGUGAGUGCGACAACUUCUCCUGUGCCAGGAACAGAGGCGUCCUCUGCUCAGGACACGGCGAAUGUCACUGCGGAGAAUGCAAGUGCCACGCAGGUUACAUCGGGGACAACUGUAACUGCUCAACAGACAUCAGCACGUGCCGGGGCAAGAAGGGCCAGAUCUGCAGCGACCGCGGGCACUGCGUCUGUGGGCAGUGCCAGUGCACAGAGCCCGGAGCCUUUGGGGAGACAUGUGAGAAGUGCCCGACCUGCCCAGAUGCUUGCAGCACCAAGAGAGAUUGUGUCGAGUGCUUGUUGCUUCACUCAGGGAGCCCAGCUGACAACCAGACCUGCCAAAACCUGUGCAAGGAUGAGGUGAUCACAUGGGUGGACGCCAUCGGGAAAGAUGACCAGGAAGCCGUGCUUUGCUUCUACAAAACUGCCAAGGAUUGUGUCAUGCUGUUCACCUACGCAGAGCUGCCCAGCGGGAAGUCCAACCUGACGGUCCUCAGGGAGCCAGAGUGUGGAACGGCCCCCAACGUCACCACCAUCCUCCUGAUCGUGGUCGGCAGUAUCCUCCUGAUUGGGUUCGUGCUCCUGGGCAUCUGGAAGCUGCUUGUCACCAUCCACGACCGCAGAGAGUUUGCAAAGUUCCAGAGCGAGCGAUCCAGGGCCCGCUAUGAAAUGGCUUCAAACCCUCUGUACAGAAAGCCCAUCUCCACACACGCCGUGGAUUUCACCUUCAACAAAUUCAACAGAUCCUACAACGGCGCCGUGGACUGACGGCUGCUCCUCCUUCGAGGGCUGGAGGGGCGUCUGGUGAAGUCAGAGACUGACACGCUUUGGGCAGCUGCUGGACUCGAUCACGGCUCCCACGAUAGACAAGCAGAGACUGAGCGGUGAGCCUGGGAGAGGAGCCCAUUGCCGGCGCAGGCAGGCUCCCAGCCCGCCGUGCCACAGGCUGCUGGACCACAGCCAUGCCAGGCGCCACCCUCCGUGCCUGGGAAGGAGCAGGGGAGCUUGGCGCUCUUGGCCUUCCCCGCCACAUCCCGCUUGUCCUGUCCAUGGGCUGCCGAGAUGCUGGGCUGCCCCUCCCUCCCAGGAGGGCCAGGCUCCAGUCUGGCCGGAGCAGAAGGCUCCUGGGAGUGUCGGCGUGCAUCACAUCGACGGGUGGUCUGGCUUUUUGCGUGUUGAUCAUUUUUAUAUGAAAUAAAAAGGUCGUGCAUUUAUGGUGUAGUGGUGAUUCCUGAGAAUUGUCUGCCUGAUGUCUAUGCACAUGGGUGUUGGUGAUGGAAUUAUGGAGACGCCUGCUGAAGGCACAGCGUUGGCAAAUGUCAGCUUCCCUCUUCUGUCCGUGUUUGUUUAGUACUUUUGUAACGAAAAGGAAAGAGAUUGCUUGGGAUUGAAAGUAAAGAUUAAAACCAAAA